AUGUCUGAGACUGCUCCUGCUCCUCCGGUGGCUCCUACGCCCCCUGAGAAAACUACUGCCAAGAAGACCAAGAAGCCGGCAAAGGCUGCUACUUCAGCCUCCGCGGCUAAGAAGAAGCCCGCCGGACCUUCGGUGUCUGAACUUAUAGUUCAGGCUGUUUCCACUUCCAAGGAGCGUAGCGGCGUGUCGCUGGCUGCGCUCAAAAAGGCAUUGGCGGCCUCCGGCUACGAUGUGGAGAAGAAUAACAGCCGCAUCAAACUGGGGCUGAAGAGCCUAGUGAGCAAAGGUACCCUGGUUCAGACCAAGGGCACCGGCGCCUCUGGCUCCUUCAAGAUCAACAAGAAAGCUACCUCUGCGGAAGCCAAACCCAGUAAUACAAAGGCUGCCGCAAAAGUUAAGGCAACGGGCACCAAGAAACCGAAAAAGCCUAUUGCAGCUACUAAGAAAACUGUUAAGGCUCCGAAAAAGGCGAAACCUGCGGCGGCAAAAAAGCCUUCAAAGAGUCCCAAGAAGAUCGUGAAAGCUAAGAAAGUAGCUAAGAACCCUGCGAAAGCCAAGGCGGUGAAGCCUAAAGCUGCUAAGGCAAAGGUGACCAAGCCAAAGACGGCUGCCAAGCCGAAGAAGGCAGCUCCGAAAAAAAAGUAA